UGGAAGCGUUGUUUUGUUUCUUUUCCUUCUGAAAAUCCAUGAAAAUGGUGAGAGAAGUAGAACCAAAACAAACGCCACAAGUUUCAAAGCAAGCAAACCCAAGUGAAAGUGGCCAACAUGUUGAUACCUUGUUUAGUCCCAGAUUCAAAUCCGUGGCGGCCAUGGCUGGUUGGGACGAGGACGCCCUUAUCAUUGCCACUCUUGUCGUCGAAGACACCCCUGAUCGAGAAUCCAAACACAAGAAACGCUCUGAUUUGAUUUUCAAGACUCCAACUUCCACCACUUCAAGAAGGAAACGUAGAGCUCAGAGAACUCCUGUUUCAAUCCCUAUUGCUCCAUUAAAUCUUGAGGAAGAAGAGACUUCAAAACAAGAGAGUGACAGAGAGUCAGUGGAACAAAGAUUAAUUGAUGUGAAUGAGGAGAAGAAAACACAAGUGAAUGAAGCAACAGAACAGCCCCCUGGUGUUUCUUGCUCCAGUCCAGCUUCUCAUUAUAUGGAUAAACUUAGAGAAGCGCUUUCCUGUGCAAUCUGUUUGGAUAUCUGCUUUGAACCAAGUACCACUCCUUGUGGACACAGUUUCUGUAGGAAAUGUUUGAGAUCAGCUGCAGAUAAAUGUGGAAAGACAUGCCCAAAGUGCCGCCAGCUGAUAAGCAAUGGAAGAUCUUACACUGUGAACACAGUUCUGUGGAAUACAAUACAGCUUCUGUUUCCGAAAGAGAUUGAAUCAAGGAAGGCUGCCAGAGCCUUAAACAGCCGCGAAGUUGAACAUCAAACUCCAGAGAGUGGAAGUAGUAGUAGCAGAAGUAUUCGACCGCAAAUGACCCCUACCAGACAUGCAAGAGUGAGGAGAAGAGGGAUGAUGAGCCAAGAUGAGGAUGCAGCAUUGGCUUUAAGGCUGCAGAGAGAGGAUCUUUCGCUGUUGGUAAGCACAGAUACAAGCAUGAGGAGAAGAAGAGGGACACCGGGCCAAGAUGAAGAUGCUGCAUUAGCUUUAAGGUUGCAAAGAGAAGAAUUCAUGGAGUCUUUUAGGGGUACUCAUCAGCAAACCAGAACCUCUCUUUCUUUAGCUAGAGCAAAUUUGAGAGCCAUGGCAUCUAGAGCCAUCAAAGCUUCUUCAUUGUUGACGUUGUUACUUGUUACUUCCAAUGCAAUGAACACGAUUUCAUCAUAUUGCAAUCAAGUUUUUCUCAGCUGAGAAUGAUUGUC